CUACCCGCUAAUUCAUCUAAAAGUGUUUCUCAGCAGCAGCACUUGACUUUCACUUCCAGCGAUCGGACGGAGAAGCUCAUGGAAGCUGCUGGUGGCGUUACAAGUUGUCAUCUUCUCUAGUCUUUUCCAUUUCACCUCUUUUUCGUCGGCGACCCAAUCGACGUUUUGGGAAUUUCUCCCCCAAAAUCAGACACCCUAGGUUUCUCCAACAUGGAAGACGCCUAUGCCAGAUCUGUCUCUGAGGUCCUUGAUUUCUUUGGGGUAGACCCAACAAAGGGUCUUUCCGAUUCUCAGGUUGUUCAUCAUUCUAGGCUUUAUGGCAGGAAUGGAACUCCAUUCUGGAAACUGGUUCUGAAACAAUUCGAUGAUUUACUUGUCAAGAUAUUGAUUGUGGCUGCAAUUGUUUCUUUCGUAUUGGCUUUGGCUAAUGGAGAGACUGGUUUAACAGCAUUUCUGGAGCCUUUUGUCAUUCUGCUGAUAUUGGCUGCAAAUGCGGCAGUGGGGGUGAUCACGGAGACUAAUGCUGAGAAGGCUCUUGAGGAGCUACGCGCCUACCAAGCAAAUAUAGCUACAGUGUUGCGAAAUGGGUGCUUCUCUAUCCUACCGGCAACAGAGCUGGUUCCAGGCGACAUUGUUGAAGUUACUGUGGGAUGUAAGAUUCCAGCUGACCUGAGGAUGAUUGAGAUGUCUAGCAAUACGUUUCGAGUUGAUCAAGCCAUCCUAACUGGUGAAAGCUGCUCCGUGGAAAAAGAUGUUGACUGUACUUUAACAACAAAUGCUGUCUACCAAGACAAGAAAAAUAUUUUAUUUUCGGGAACUGAUGUGGUCGCGGGUAGGGGGAGGGCUGUUGUCAUUGGAGUUGGUUCAAACACCGCAAUGGGUAGCAUACACGAUUCUAUGUUGCAGACAGAUGAUGAGGCAACUCCAUUGAAAAAGAAGCUGGACGAGUUUGGCAGCUUUUUGGCUAAGGUUAUUGCGGGGAUUUGUGUACUUGUGUGGGUUGUCAAUAUUGGUCACUUCAGUGACCCUUCUCAUGGUGGAUUUUUUAAAGGCGCAAUUCACUACUUUAAGAUUGCAGUUGCCCUUGCUGUUGCAGCUAUUCCUGAAGGACUUCCUGCUGUCGUUACAACAUGUUUAGCUCUUGGAACAAAGAAAAUGGCUCGUUUGAAUGCUAUUGUACGGUCAUUGCCAUCUGUCGAGACGCUUGGGUGCACCACUGUAAUUUGUAGUGACAAGACUGGAACAUUGACAACCAAUAUGAUGUCGGUGUCUAAGAUAUGUGUAGUCCAAUCUGCAGAGCAUGGUCCUAUGAUUAAUGAAUUCACUGUUAGUGGGACAACUUAUGCACCAGAAGGUACCGUCUUUGACAGCAAUGGGCUGCAGCUUGAUUUACCUGCUCAGUCACCUUGCCUUCAUCAUUUAGCAAUGUGUUCAUCACUCUGCAAUGACUCCAUCUUGCAAUACAAUCCAGAUAAAGAUUCUUAUGAAAAAAUUGGAGAAUCGACUGAAGUUGCUCUUCGAGUUCUUGCAGAAAAGGUUGGGCUCCCUGGUUUUGAUUCAAUGCCUUCUGCUCUAAACAUGCUGAGCAAGCAUGAACGUGCAUCAUAUUGCAACCAUUAUUGGGAAAACCAAUUCAAAAAGGUUUAUGUUUUGGAGUUUACCCGUGACCGCAAAAUGAUGAGCGUCCUAUGUAGCCAUAAGCAAAUGGAUGUAAUGUUCUCAAAGGGUGCUCCAGAGAGUAUAAUAGCUAGGUGUACUAAAAUUCUUUGCAACGGUGAUGGUUCUGUUGUUCCUCUAACUGCUGCUGCCCGUGCAGAGCUUGAGUCAAGGUUCCACAGUUUUGGCGAUGAAACAUUGAGAUGCUUAGCAUUAGCAUUUAAAACCGUGCCCCACGGUCAACAAACUAUUUCCUAUGAUAAUGAGAACGACCUGACGUUUAUUGGGUUGGUGGGAAUGCUUGAUCCACCAAGAGAAGAAGUGAGAGAUGCUAUGCUUGCGUGCAUGACUGCUGGGAUACGUGUUAUUGUUGUUACUGGGGAUAACAAGUCCACAGCAGAGUCACUAUGUAGAAAAAUAGGGGCUUUUGACAAUCUGGUAGACUUUUCUGGUAUGUCCUACACCGCUUCUGAAUUUGAACGGCUUCCAGCGGUGCAGCAAACUCUAGCACUGCGACGGAUGACACUUUUUUCCAGGGUUGAACCUUCCCACAAAAGGAUGCUUGUUGAAGCCCUACAGAACCAAAACGAAGUGGUGGCAAUGACUGGUGAUGGCGUCAAUGAUGCCCCUGCAUUGAAGAAAGCUGACAUUGGGAUUGCCAUGGGUUCUGGAACAGCUGUAGCAAAGAGUGCUUCAGAUAUGGUUUUGGCUGAUGAUAAUUUUGCUUCAAUUGUUGCGGCUGUUGCAGAAGGAAGGGCUAUAUAUAAUAACACAAAGCAAUUCAUUAGAUACAUGAUCUCUUCAAAUAUAGGGGAAGUGGUCUGUAUAUUUGUUGCAGCUGUACUGGGAAUCCCUGAUACCCUGGCACCUGUUCAACUUCUGUGGGUCAAUUUGGUAACAGAUGGAUUGCCUGCCACUGCCAUUGGCUUUAAUAAACAAGAUUCCGAUGUUAUGAAGGCAAAACCCCGAAAGGUUGGUGAAGCAGUGGUCACUGGGUGGUUAUUCUUCCGCUAUUUGGUUAUCGGAGUUUAUGUCGGCCUGGCAACUGUUGCUGGCUUUAUAUGGUGGUUUGUUUACUCUGAUGGUGGUCCUAAACUUACUUACAGUGAACUGAUGAACUUUGAAACGUGCGAACUUAGAGAGACAACUUAUCCCUGCAGCAUAUUUGAGGAUCGGCACCCAUCUACUGUGGCUAUGACAGUACUUGUUGUUGUCGAGAUGUUUAAUGCUCUAAAUAACCUCAGCGAAAAUCAAUCCCUUCUGGUUAUAACCCCAAGGAGUAACUUAUGGCUUGUUGGUUCAAUUAUUCUGACAAUGCUUCUGCACGUGCUAAUAUUAUAUGUUCAUCCACUGGCAGUCUUAUUUUCUGUGACGCCAUUAUCCUGGGCCGAGUGGACUGCUGUUAUGUAUCUUUCGUUUCCAGUUAUCAUCAUCGAUGAGCUUCUGAAGUUCCUCUCUAGAAAUACAGGCAUGAGAUUCAGGUUCAGAUUGAGGAAGGCUGAUUUGCUCCCCAAGGACCGGCGAGACAAGUAGGAUAAGAAAACAAGAGAUGGCUUUUUCAUCAUACAGAGUUUUUUUGGGAUUAUAGAUACAACAGCACACAGAGAAGGGAACCUUGGGAGAUUCUAAUGCAAUCCAAAAAGCCCCCAACACCAUAAACCAUAAAACUCUUUCGCUUUUGAUUGUACCAAAUUUCACUGUAUGCUUACAUCAAAUCAAUGACUACUGCUCUGUGCCAUUCUCUGUACCAAAGUGAAUCGGAAGUUCUAACAUUUACAACUUAUAAUGAGAUUCGCAGAUUAUGUGUUUUAUUU